CACGCCGAGCUGCAGGUAGGAUUUACCUAAAAGGAUACAGGGAUGUAGAUAAGGAGGAAGUGAGCUCCCCGUCCCAUGAGGUAUGCAAGCAGAGGCUAGCUGCCUCGCUUUCAGGGAUGCUGCAGAAGGCAUUUCCACAUCCCUCAGAGGUGACCUCGCUUCCACUCUGAGCCCUGAGAAUCCCUGAGCGAGGGGAAGUCUGGGCUGGGAGAAGAGUCCACCCCUAAGGGGAAAGAGUUAAGCAGGGCUGCGCUCCUGUGGGCGGGCUUGCGAUCGGCAGCGCCGGGCUCUGUUAGCCGAGUCUGAGCAUCUCGGAGGAUGCGGCGCGGCGAGCGGCUGCAGGGACGCGCGCAAGGUGAACGCGGGGGCUGCGGCGCGCAGGUGAGGAGCUGGCCCAGGGAGGGGGGGCGAUGGCGGGGCCCUGGCGGGGAGCGUGGCCUGCUGCCCCCUUCGCGGGCGCGGGCGACCAGGCCUACACGGCGCCCACCCCCAUCCUGGACACUGCGGGAAGGCGCGGAGCCAGGGAGAGAGGAGACGGAGGAGGAGAAGGAGGAGGAGGAGAGGCUCAUCCAGUGAGGACUGGAAGUUGGGGGCUUUAGGCCCAGGCAUCGGAGUAGACCAUGGCCUCCAGCCCAUGGGGCUGUAUAUGUGGCCUCCUGCUGUUGUUGCUGCUGCCGCUUCUGGGGACUGGCCCUGCCCUGGGCAGGGGCUUUCCCAGGCCACUUGAAAACUCUGAAACCCCUACGAUCCCCGGAGCCCACCCCAAGGGUUCUGUGGGCUCAGAGCCCCAGGACUUAGACAUCUUCCAGGAGAACCGCAGAGCUGAGAGUUACAGGAACUCUGAUGUCCACCAUGCCCCUGCUGCAGAGUUGCCUGAGAAGCCUAUGGCCUCUCCCCUUGGCCCAGCCCUGUUUGUGCCCAAAGCAGCCUCCGGAGCUCAGAGAGAACAACUCUCAGUAACUGAUGACCUCCAGAUGGCUCCAGGGCCAAGUUCCCAUGGCUGGACAGGACCUCUGGACUCACAAGAGCUUCUGGAACAAGAAGCAGUGGCUCCCCACCCAGUGGGUCCCCCUCAUCUUACUUUCAUCCCCACAACCCCCAGACUUCAACUCAGGGUAGCCACAGUUCCUCCCUCCCUGCAGCAUGGAGGCCAAGAGGGACAGCGGCCACCUAGAGAUGAGGGUCUGAAGGCCAAAACCAAGAGCUGGGUCCCACCUACUUCUCCCUCAGACUACCAGGGCCCAUCCCACACCCUUGUUCCCCACGCAGGCACUGUCAAGAGGCCAGUGCUGGAAGGACAGGGUGGGUUUGCAGAGUACUUCCCAGACUUCCAGGAGGCAGGUCAAGGCCCCUUCUUCACCCAGCGGGAUCCAGCAGGCCCUGAUGUUGGCUCGGUAUCCCCAGCUGAGGUGGCCUACUCACAGGAGCCAGGGGGCCAGCCAGACUUGGCAUUGGCCAGAAGCCUUCCUCCUGUUGAGGAGCUGCCAGUCGAGACCCCCAAGAGGGCUGGAGCUGAAGCGGCCUGGGAAGUCAGCUCCCCAGGUCCCCCGCCUAAGCAGGGUGACCUCCCUGACGUUAAGGAUUCACCAGGACCCCAGCCCACGGCUCCUCCUGCCUCAGAGGCUCCUGAUGGGCAGUCCAAGCCAGAGAUAGCAGCAAUGAAUGGAGCAGAGCCCAUCUCCCCACAGCGGGUGAGAGGAGCUGUAGAGCUCCCAGGCACCCCCAAGUCCCUCAUCCCUGGUCCCUCAGACCCUGGCCCAGCUGCAAACCGAACAGAGAGCCCCAUGGGGGCCCUGCAGCCAGAUGAAGCCGAGGAGUGGCCGGGGCGCCCCCAAAGCCAUCCCCCAGCACCCCCAGUCCAGGCCCCCUCUACGUCACGCCGGGGCCUCAUUCGAGUCACCACGCAGCGAGCCCUGGGCCAACCUCCCCCUCCGGAGCCUUCAGCCAGCUCCAUGGCUUCAGCUCCUGCCUCCAGUCCCCCAGCCAAUGCCACUGCACCCCCGCUACGCUGGGGACCCCUGCGGCGGGUGCUGAGCUUCUCCUGGGAGCUGCACGUCUACGGGGUGGGGGUGCUCUUUCUGCUGCCCGCGAUGUUGGCGCUGGCUGCGCUGGCAGCCGCCCCGUCAGGGCCCCGGCUGGCAUUGGUGACAGCAGUGCUGGUGUUGGUGGCUUCGGGGCUGCGAUCCGCCUACAUGCUGACCGACCCUUACGGCUCGCAGGCGCGACUGGGCGUUCGCGCUGGCCUGGUGCUCUACAACCUGCCCUUCCCCUUGCUGCUCACAGCGCUGGCCGCCCUGACGCUGCUCGGCCUGGGCGUGGGGCUGCCGCCACCGCUGCAAAACCCACUCCUGCUGGGAGCAGUGGCGUUGGUGCAUGGUGUGGGUUUGCUCGCAACAGACCUGCUGUCCCCAUGGUCUGCACUCAACCUCCUGACGCAGGGCUUGUCGUGCGCCUGGGGCGCGGCCGUGGCUCUGGGCACGCUCUGCCUGUGCCGUCGCCGCCUGCUGGACGGGCCGCGGGGCUGGGAUGUCAGCCCUGGCCCUCGGCUGUUGGCCGUAGCGGGAGCGCUGGGGCUGCUGGCCAGCGGCUUGCAGCUGGCGGCCGCGCUCUGGCUGUACCCGGGCCCAGGCCGCGUGGGCCGCUUCUCGUGGGCCUGGUGGGGUGUCCACUUCUGGCUGCGCCUCCUGGAGCUGACAUGGGCGCUCACCUUGGCGCUGGCCGCUGUGGCUGCCGCGAGACCCAGGCCGCCCACGGAGCACGCUUGCUGGGCUAAGCUGAUGCGUCUGGCGUGCCCGGCGCCGUCGGGAAAGAGCGAGGUGCCGGAACGUCCCAAUAACUGCUACGCGGGGCCCAGCGGCAUUGGUGCAGGCAGCUUGGACAUCAGCAAGAGCCUCAUCCGCAACCCGGCGGAGAGUGGGCAGCUGGCCACACCCAGUUCAGGCGCCUGGGGCUCGGCUGCGUCGUUGGGUCGCGGACCCCAGGGUGGCCCAGGACUGUCCUGCAACGGUGUAGGUCCGGUGCCAUCGCUGAGCGAGCUGGAUCUGCGGCCGCCCUCGCCCAUCAACCUUAGCCGCAGCAUCGACGCCGCACUUUUCCGCGAGCACCUGGUGCGAGACAGUGUGUUCCAGCGCUGCGGCCUCCGCGGCCUGGCCUCCCCGCCGCCUGGAGGUGCUCUGCGGCUGCGCCGGGGCAGCCACCCCAAAGCCGAGUUCGACGACGCGGGCUCCACGCUCCGCGGCCGCUGCAGGUCGCUCAGUGAUAUGCGCGUGCGCGGGCCGGUCCCACGGCACGUAGUGGAUGAGCCCGACGGGGCGGCCGCGGCGGCUUCUGGCAGCUCCCUGGACAGCUUCUCCAGGGGUUCACUCAAGAUCAGUUGGAACCCCUGGCGCCAUGGGCUGUCAUCGGUGGACAGUCUGCCCCUAGAUGAGUUACCCAGCACUGUGCAGCUACUGCCUGCCCCUACCCCAGUCCCUGACUCUACCGCCGCUCGGCCCGGGGGCGGCCAGGGAGAUGUCCCGCCGCGCGGCAAGCCCGGGGAAUCCCGCAGCGCCUCCAGUGAUACCAUCGAGCUUUGAGGAACGGUCCUGACGCAGGGCCAGGACCCUGACGAUGCACACAAGGCAUGGCCUACUGAGACAGUUGAGCCUUUAAAAAAUGGGCAUCCUGGCCUGGCCCACUGGCUCAUGCCUGUAAUCCCAGCUCUUUGGGAGGCCGAGGCGGGCGGAUCACAAGGUCAGGAGUUCGAAACCAGCCUGGUCAACAUAGUGAAACCCCCUAUCUACUAAAAAUACAAAAAAAUAAUUAGCCGGCUGUGGUGGCAUGUGCGUAGUCCCAGCUACUUGGGAGGCUGAGACUGGAGAAUUGCUUUAACCUGAAAGGCAGAGGUUGCAGUCAGCCAAGACCAUGCCAUUGCACCCCAGCCUGGGUGACAAGCGUGAGACUCCGCCUCAAAAUAAAUAAAUAAAUAAAUAAAAGGCAUCCCCAGUCCUCCACUGGACCACAGUUCCCAGGGACAGCCAGGUGUGAACCCACCCCACCCCAUUUUUUGUUUUUAAUAUUUCUAAUUUUUUUUCAGCCAGUAUUUUGCACAGAGGCCAUGUCCUAUGUGGAAUACAGGGUGGAUGUGCAUGGAUUUGGGCAUGAGGAACAGGGAGCAGGUGCCCCAUACUCUCCAAUGUGGAGUGAUAAGCCUCACUUGUCUAGAUUGACUGUCCUCUUUGUGCCAAAGAAAUAAACCCUUAGGAAUUGG